GUCAAAUCAAACCACACGUGCGGAUUGUGUGAGAGGUUGAUUUGCGUUUAACCUAAAAUUAUAUUGCCAAAUGUUGUUAAUUUUCGUAUUAAGUGUAAUCAAUUAAAGUUUCAAAAAUGAAACAUAAAUCAGGAAGACAUAAAGAUGAAAAUACUUUCAAAUUUCGAACCUUUUCUGAGAGGAUAUCUGCGAUAAAUGUCGAUGUUAUACACAGAGUUAGACACGUUAAUGAAGACACUUCAGAAGAAAUAAGCUAUUUUUAUCAAGACUUUGAAAAAUGGGACGUUUUAAAUAUUACAGAGGGUUAUCGUGCCUUCAAAAAAGACAUAAAAAUAAAUUUACUUGUGACACUUCCUCAAGUGAUUGCACAUAAAAAGCAUAUAGUCGAAACACUAUUGAAAUACCUGAAAUUGAAGGAUCCAUUAUAUUUACAGCCACUUUUGAGCUUGACAGCUUCUUUGGCGAGUGAUUUAAGAGAUAAUUUCUAUGAACACUAUCAAGACUUCUAUGACAUUUUGAUCGAGUUAUUAGAAACAAAGGAUACAGAACAACUAGAAUGGGUUUUCCAUUGUUUGGCAUAUUUCUUUCAUAAACUUUGGAAAUGCUUGGUCAAAGAUUUCAAAAAGAUUUUCCUUUCUUUAUUGCCUCUGCUGUCCGAACAUAAAGCAGAAUAUAUCAAUAAUUUUGCUGCUGAAUCUUUCACAUUUGUCACAAGGAAAGUUAAAGACAGAAAAUAUUUAUUGGAUUUGAUUUUGAAAAUUGUCACCCGAAAGAAAGAUGGUAUCAGAGGUUGCGGUAGAUUAUUUUUCGAAGUUGUUAAAGGAGUCAAUGGCCAGUUACACAGCUGUGCUGAAGAAUUCCUUCCUCUUCUUUUUGAGUCACUAUCAGAGCAUGAAAAUUUCUUGACAGAAAUCUUAGAGUACACAAUAGCUCAUAUAACUGCAUAUAUUUCACCGCAAAAGUCUGAAAUUUUCUGGACAAGUAUUUUAACAGCUUUAAAUCAGUCCAUCGAACACUGGACCCAGAGUAAAGAUGAGAAAUAUUUGGGUAGUGCAGAAAACCUAUUGAAAUUGUUGGGGCAAGCAAUUGAACAUAAGAAUGGAAAAAUUGUCUAUAGGCUGGAUCAAAUUAUAAAAGAGGUAGUGAAAACAUUGGGUUUGGAGAACUUGCCAGAAAAUGUUAUACUGACACUCCUACAAGUUGUGAUAGUUAUUCUGUUAUCAAAUAAUAUCAGGCUUUCACAAGAAGAAGCUUCCUUGUUGGUAAAAACCUCUAUGGCAGUGAAGUAUAGAAAUGCUAAAUUUUAUUUUGUCGAUAAUAUAACAGAAUUUUCCUGUUUUGAACCUCUAAUUCUUCCUCAUUUUUUGACAUCUUGUGAAGAAAACCAUUUUGAGAAAGAUCAUUUCAGAAUAUUAACAAAUGUUGUACUGAAAAAAGCACCUUCGAAGAAUGACGGCAUCAAUAUAAAAAGCUGGACAAAAUAUCCUUUGAGCUUGAGAUCACAAGAAAAUAGUCGAGAAAUAGAGAAUUCCCUACUUAAAGUUAUAGAAGAAGGAAUCAUCGACAAAGAAAGACUUUUCUGUACAUUAGUUUGUAUUCCACAUUUAAAUCUUAAAGAAGUUGGGAAAUUCAAGAAGGAUCUCAGCAAUGGCAUUCUGAGUCUACUAGAAAAGUGUGCUAGAGAUCAGAAAGAAACACUUUUUUUCUUGAAUUUACAUAUGGAAUGCUUGUUACAUUUGAAUUGUGGAGAAUUUUUUAGGGAGAAUUUUCAGGAAAUUUUAAAGGUACUGCUACCUUUAGUGGAUGGAAAUACCAUUUUACCUAUAUUAAGAAUAACGAGUUUAUUACUUGUAGCAGUUGGAGGAAGUCAAGAGUUAAUCAAUGUUGAGGUUCUCAAAUCCUUGAACCAAUAUUUUGAAUCGUAUCUAAGCUCUCCAUUUCAUGAGAUUCGACUGCUUACCACUUUCAUUUACUCAUUAUUUGAAGACAUACCUGAAUUUGAUCUUGAACACUCCACUGAUCCUGAAGCUGUUAAGGAAAAGUUUGAAGUUUUCUCUUUAUGCUAUUCCGUAGAAUCUGUGGAUCCACAAAUAAACACUUAUCACGACCAAAUUAGAUAUUUAGAAAGAUUGAGUUUCGAGAAACCACAAAUGAGGAUGUGUUGUCAGACAGACUUCAAAGUUGUUCCCCUAAGAUAUAUUUGUGGAGUGUUGUAUAUCAAUUUUCAACUUUUAUGGCAACACAGUUUGAAUAUCAUCCAAACACAUGCAGAAGGCUUGGACACAUCCUGUUUUUGGAAUGUUUAUGGGGAAGAACUGAAAAAAGCUGAUGAAUAUGUCCAAAAUAAUCUUACUCUUGCAAUUGAUACCAUCGAAAAUGAAUAUAACACUUUGACUGAAUUUUAUGAGAAAUGGCAGAAAUCAGAGUCCAAACCAGAUUUUGCAAAUUAUCGCUUUUUAUUAUGGAAAGGACUUUCUUCAUUUGCUCACGUAGGAGAAGCUAAAACGAAAGAUGUAUCCGAGUUACUCCUCAAAUUUUAUGAAAAUGAAUUCACAAAAUAUAAUGCUGAACUUGCCUAUACUUGGAAUAUCAAACAGAAAGAUCUUGAAGUUGAGGAAGUUUUGGAACCAGAAGAUGAUGCAGAACAUGAGGAAUCCUCCGUUAAGCCAGUUCCCAACAAAUUGACAAAAAUGAAUGGAAAAAUGAAAUUGAAAACCUUUUUGCAGUACCUAUCAGUAUUUUCAAAGGUCAAGAGUCCCCAAUCGAUGUAUCGUGAAACGGAAUUGUACAAACUGUACAACAAUUUGCUACAACAUAAAAAUUCAGACAUUCAAAAGGCUGCACUGGACUGUUUACUCACUUACAAGAGCAAGUUCCUCAAACCAUACAAAGAAAACUUAUACAAUCUGGUAGACGAUAAAUGUUUCAAGAAUGAAUUGGCAACUUUCAAUAUGGAUCGGGAGGGAUCCACUGUUCAGGAAGAACACAGGGAUAAAUUGAUGGAAGUAGUUCUGAGAAUCGUCUACAGCAAAAUGAAUGCAAAAAUAGGGAUGCGAACUGGUGGAAAAUCGGCAGGACAACAUAGAAGAACCUUAGUAAUAAGAUUCUUAGGAGGCUGUCAUGAAAGAGAAAAACUUAUAUUCAUAAAAAUGAUAUUCAAGUAUUUCGAUAAAUACCUCGAAGAGGACCUCCACGAUCUGACCAAAAAUGUGGAUUUGGAACAUUUUAUACCUCCGAAAAGAUUACAGAGCUCCAUGAACAUGCUCAAUGUCAUUUUGGAACAAUUUGGUGAUUCGUUAGCAAAUGAAUUACUCACUAAUCUAUUACGUUACAUCUUCAUUAUAGGAUCGUUCAUAAAAGGAGCUUUUGAACAGAUAUCAAAUGUGCAUGUUGGUUACCAAUCUGCUUUGAGAGUCUUACGUACAGCUGCUACAAAACUGGUAUUGUCCUUUUUCCAAAAAUUCCAACACUAUUCUUGGAACAGUGAGCAGAUCGACAAUAUCUUUGAUAUUUUCAUCUGGCCAUAUUUGGAUAAACUAAAUACGGAAGGUAUCCAUAGUCCGACGGUUCUUUUGAAAUUGUUCGUGUUCUGGGGAUCAGAUGCGAGAUAUUUCUCGUUUUUGGCUAAACAUAAAAAGGACGACAAAGCACAAUAUAUUCUUCCUAAGAUUAUGCAGCUAUUGGUGAACGAGAAAUCCCACCACACUGUUGUUCAAACCAUCAUGGAAAUGAUUCAACACUUACUGAUUUACGUGGAGGAUGAAAAUAAAACUCCAAUCCCAGUAAAUGAUGUCCUACCGAUAGAUGAGAGUAUAAUUGAUAGAAUAAAAGUGAACGAUAAAUUAAAUUUCGGUAGCUGCAUAUUGUUACCCCAUGUACCUUCCGUUCUACUGAGGAUACAAAGAAGUUUGGAAAGGAAAACCAAAUAUUUGAGUAAACUGGAGGUGUUUAUUCUUUCGAGAAUAUCCGAAUUAGUAUGGGAAGCUGACAUAAGCCAAUACACCCUCAGACUCUUACUACCUGUCGUUUUGAAGAAAUGCCACCCUAAGAUCAGCGAAGACAUCGUCAAUCAAUAUUUGAUAACGGUGAAAAAUUUACUGCAAAACGUUGACGAUUGCUCUGUAUUCUUGGAAAAAAUAUCUCUGUUAUUUGGAGAGGUAGGUUGUCCUUCAGGAAGGAAAAUACUCCAAGCUAUCAUGGAUGUGAUAGUGUGUAAAACAAACGAUCCAGAAUUAGCCAUGUUGAAGGAUAUAACGGGACAAAUGAAUGCUUACAAUGCCAAAUGGCUAGAUCAACCAGAUUUCGAUAAAAGACAUAACGCAUUCAAAAUGGUCCAUUCUUUAUUGGAAGAAGAUAAGAUUGGACUUCGUCUGGGAGUUCUACUUAUAUUCAAUUCUUAUUAUUUUUUGAAUAACGAACCUGAUUUAUCCAUCAAGGAAAAUUCAUCACAUUUACUCAAAACAUUGUGCCCGUAUUUGUUGAAAAAAUAUCAGAAAUCGAAAAAAGAAAACGAUUAUCUACUUGAGACAAUGUUUAAUUUGAUUCGUAAAGGGAUGAAAAACAAGAAUGAGGAUCCAAGAAAUGAAUGUAUCUCACUGUUGGGUCACAUAGCCAGGAAAUGUCCCGAGAAUCAUUUCAUCUUGAGAGACUUGCACUUAUUCACUAACGAGAACGAUAUUGAAGUCGAUUUCUUCGAGAAUUUGGUACAUUUACAAGUUCAUCGACAUGCUAGAGCUAUGACUAAAUUAUGUCACGCUCUCAAAGACCUGACUGUUACAAUAAAUGUGCAAACUCUGACACGAUUCAUAUUGCCUUUAGUUUCGCAUUAUUUGUUGAAUGAGAAAUAUGCCAUUAAGCACACUCUUAUAGAUACCGCAAUAGAAACCAUGGGUGUAUUGUGCCACUUUUUGCCUUGGCAUCAUUACGAGGGUUUAUUGAAAUUCUACCUGACUAAACUACGAAGUAAGCUUAUUCAUCAGAAACAGUUGGUUAAAUUAACGGUCACCGUAUUAAAUGCAUUCCAUUUUGACUUGCAUAAAGCUCAAUCUGAAGGAGAAGAAAUGGAAAUUGAGAACAAUGAAAAAACCAUAAAUGAAGAACAUACUACACCAAAAGAAAAUGAUGAAACACAAUCUGAAGAACCCAUAAUAUCAAAAGAAAAGGAUGAAGCGCCCGCUGAAGAAGAUAUUGAUGAGGUCCUUGAAGAUAUCCAUGAAGAAGAGGAAGCAGAGGACAAUGAAGUAUCAGAAGAGAAAUCGAUCAAGAUAUACGAGAAAACGAAUGUCCUCUGCAAAUCAACAGCCACCAGAGUGAUUUAUACUAUUCGGACUCAACUACUUCCACAACUUCAUAGAGCUCUAGCCGAGAUGACUCAUAAGGACAGUUCUCAUAAAUUGAAUCGGAAGAUGACUAGAAAUGAACAAGAAGAAGAGGAUCUCGUUAAAGUUCCUCUUUCUCUUGCAGUUGUAAAACUUUUGCAAAGGUUACCCCCAAAAGUUUUGGAAAAUAAUUUGCCAGGGGUCUUCAUGAAAACUUGUACCUUCUUGAAAUCACACCUUGAAAGUGUGAGAAAAGUUGCCAGGGAAACAUUACAAGACAUGAUGCUCACUCUAGGACCAUCGUAUUUGGGAUUAUUGCUUUCUGAAAUGGCAGCUUUACUGCAGAAAGGUUAUCAAGCUCAUGUUUUGGUUUAUACAGUACACGGGGUUUUAAAUUACCUGAAAACACUAUACAAACCCAAGGAUUUAGAUGCAAUACUCAUAACCGUUUUGCAGCUAUGUAAUACUGAUUUAUUUGGAAUAUUAUCAGAAGAAAAAGAGAUCAAUAAGAUAAUAGUGAAAACAUCAGAAGCCAAGUCAUCGAAAAGUCUCUCCAUUUACCAAAUAUUGGCACAAUUCAUUACAGAGAAAUGCCUGAUGGAUUUAAUAUUGCCUAUUAAAAAUAUUUUGGAGACUUCAACCUCUUUCAAAACUGUAUUGAAAGCUCAAGAAUGUCUUAAUAGUAUGGCGAUAGGUCUUGUUGAAAACAAAUUCGUAUCACCGGAAUCGUUGAUAAUGUUUUCUUAUGGGAUAGCUUCUGAAAAAAUAAUGGAAUUGUUUCCCAACAAGGACAAGGAGGAACUUACUGAAAAGGAAAAGAUUUUACGUCAGAGGCGAAGACCUGAUUGUUUUAUUAUACCAAAAGCUCCAGUAGGAAGAUCAGGUGUGAGAGUUAGCAAAGUAAAAAAUUCGAAUACAGCAAAUGCACAUCAUCUUGUUGGCUUUGGUUUGACUCUUUGCUGUAAAUUAUUGAAAAAAGAAAUAUUGAUUAAACAAGAACAUCUCCCACUCCUGGAUCCUUUUGUAGUCUUAUUCAAAGACUGUUUGAAAUCCAAACAUAUCAAGUUAUCCACAGUCACAUUGAAGUCUUUAACAUUCAUUUUCAAAUUGGAAUUACCUUCACUUAGGCAACAUAUAAAAGAAAUAACAUCUGAUAUUUUUUCAAUCUUACACAAAUAUGCUGUUGCUGGAUUGAGCAAAGGAGAAAAUUUCGAUUUAGUUGUUGUUUCGUUCAAGGCUAUGUCAGUUCUAUUGAGAGAUGUGAAGUACCAUAUAAUUGACCAGGACCAACUGAAAAUACUUUUGUCUUACGUUGAAAAAGACAUGUACGAUUACGAUAGACAAGCAGUUGCAUUCAACCUACUCAAAGCAAUUUUGAUCAGAAAACUUAUAGUACCAGAAUUGAGUGAUAUAAUGGCCAAAGUUGCGGAAUUGAGUAUCACAUCAGAAAUGGAUCAUGUUAGAAAUCAGUCCAGAGACGUAUUCCAUAAAUAUUUGAUGGACUACCCUCUUGGAAAGGAAUUAGAGAAACACGUCUCGUUUUAUCUCUCUCAAAGUAGUUUUGAAUUGCAACACGGUAGAGAAUCGGCUUUGGAUAUGUUGAAAACGCUCGUGAAUACUUUUCCUCUGAAAGAACUUAAUUCUUAUAGUGGAACAAUUAUGAUAAUCCUUGGUGCCCGAUUGGUUAAUGAAGAAGCCCCUAAGUUGAGAAAAGCUGUAGCUGCUAUUUUAACUACCAUGUUGGAGAGGUUACCUAAAGCUGAUAGACAAUCAUUGUUUGAAAUUGUCACGUUAUGGUUUUCAGAUAAAAAUAUGAAUCACAGAAGAUUAGCAGCCCAACUUUGUGGUAUAUUUGUGAAUACCGAAAAAGAUACGUUCGAAUCAAGGUUGCCAAUAAUAACUCCACUGAUGUUGAAACAGUUCGGUAUAGAUGAUGCACCUGGAAGGUUUGUAAAAACUAAAGAUGUUAAUGAAGAUUCUUCAGACAAUGAAGAGAAGAUAAGAAUAAGGGACCAUUUUUAUUUCCAACUAUUGCAGCUUCUACUGAAAAUAUGUAGACAUUGCCCAAAUUUCUUGAAGCAGAAGGAAACUGUCAGUAACCUUGCGUCACAUUGUCAGACCUUGUUGAAUUAUCCCCACGACUGGGUCCGACUUGCUGCUUGUCAAUUCUUAGGUUUUGUAUUGGCAAAUACUGAUAUUGAGCAUUUGUCUAAUUUACUACUCAAGGGCGAGCAAGAUGAUUCUGGAUAUCUCACAAGUGAACCACAUGCUUCUUUAAAAUCAUUGACUCUUGACUUAUGUGAUCAGUUACAACCAGAAAAUUUGAAAAGUGACUUAGCUGAACAGGUUAUCAAAAACUUGGUGGUUGUUGCCAGAGUAUUACAAAAUAUUCCAUUUGAUGACGAUGCAGAUGUGAAGAAAAUAAACCUUUUGUGGUUGUGUAAAAGAUUGAGAAAGAGUGUAAAUAUGGAGGUGGUUCAAUGUGCAUCUAGCAUAGUUAUAAGAACUGAAGUUUUUAAAUGGAUUGCGGCUAUUACUACAGUGUUAGAAGUGGACAAGAUUUUAACCAUACUGCAUCAUUUGAUGGCUCCCUUGGUUCGUGAAAUGUUGAUGGUUGGAGAGAAAAAUACCUUUUUGAGACAACUCAGUAAAGAAGUAGGAAACGAAAUCAAAAAGAAAGUGGGGCUUGAAAUCUACACUGAUACUUUAAAUAAAUUGCAACAAACUCUUUCAGUUAAAAGGGCAGAAAGAAAGAGAACCAGAACUCAACUGGCUGUGGUUGAUCCAGAAUUACAUGCUCAGAAAAAGAUCAAAAAGCAAGAGAAGAAAAAAGAAUCCCUAAAGAGGAAAAUGGUAGAAUUGAAAGGAAAAAAGAACUUUAAAAGAAGGAAAAUAGUUGAUUUGGAAGACUUUUGAAUUUUUAAUAAUGGUGUAUAUAUUGUAAAUAAUGAAUAAUAUAUUCAUAAUAAAAUAUUAAAGUUUA